AUGCCUAGUGAACCCAAUUCUUCUAUUGAUACAACUGCAGAAAAUACCAACAAUGAAAACCAACCAUCGACUUCCACUGGUGUUGUUAAGAAGCCUGCAAAGACUCACAAAUUCAUAGUCAAAGUGACCGCGCUCGAGAGGGUCGGUAAUUCUACAAAUCAAAGAGAGAACCCUAUUGUAAUAUUUGAUCUUUUUACUGAUGUCCCCGCAUUUCGCAAACAGCAACAUAGAGGUGUUAAAAAGACUGCUGAUGAGUUUAAAGAACUGUUUAGAUAUUUGGUAGCAGCCGUUCAAGAGACUUUUGUGCCAUCAUUACCUGCUACCUGCUCGAGUUAUGGACCCAAUACGGAUGAAGACCGUCACAAGACAAUGAAAAAUUAUCAAGAGUGGUUAGAAAGAAUUGCUGCAGAUCCAUUGCUGCUGAAGAAUGAAGAAGUCGCAUUCUUUGUUCAAAGUGAUUUUGGUACUUACUCACCCAUCAAUAAUCCACCUACUCAACCUGCAUCAGGUCUUAAACGUAAAACUCUGAAACAAUUGGCACCACCUUAUGAUGAAGUAUUACAAUUAGCAGAAUUUAGACCAUUGGUAAAAUCUGUUCAUCGAGUAUCUCAGGAAGUACAAUCGAAGUUAUCCAAAGUUAGCAAACAAAGACGUCUUCUAUCCCAAGAAGAGACUGCAUUAGGUCAAGGUUUCACAGCAUUACAAAACGACACACAUGCUCAUUCAGGACUUUACAAAAGAUUUGGUCGUGUAUUGGCGGCUGCGGGUGAUGUGGAUAGCGUCGAAUCCACUUUAGAAGUCGCAACGUUUGCAGAUGCAAUGGGGUGGCUGGUCAAGGACACGUAUGUGGUUAAAGAGGCUUUAACCAAUCGUCAUUUAAUUAUGAGAGAAUUGCUACAGGCUCAACAAAGCUCAAGAGGUAAACAAGAACACGCACGCAAGCUGAGAGCUAAAAGAGAUGCAAGCCCCUUAAAAGUCGAUGAAGCACUAAGAGCCUUGAGAGCAGCUACCCUACUCGAACAAGAAUUGACGGCUAAGCAACGUCUUAUAACUAAUAACAUGCUUUCAAUGAGAUCUCAAUGGUUACAAUGGUAUGAGUCAUUUGUAACAUCUGCUAUUAAAGAAUUUACUCUACGCAAAAUAGAAUAUGAACGUAAGAAACUAACUCUAUUAGAGAGAGUCCGUCACGAUGUUCGCAGAGCAGAUAAUGCGGGUGGGUUAUCGAGGUUAGGCCGUGAAGCACACCCUCCAUCACUACUGAGAUCUCCACCAAGAAAUUCACAAGGACUCGAAGGCGACGACUGGGCAGGUGACCAACGUCGCCGUUCAUCACUUUUAUCCCAACACGAUUCUGUAACUAAUACAGAUUUCGAUAGGGUUGUCACCGCUGAUGAACAACAGACUUUAAACCCUACAGUGACAAGUGAUCCUACUGCCGCCGAAAGUACAGAUGCAAGUGGAGAUAAUGCUGGUGGUACUGGUACAACCACAUAUAGUGCAAAUGGUGAACAAGAUAUCAAUGACACAUCGUUAGAUGCUCGUAAUGCAGCUUCACUGCUAGGGCUGGCCACCUUUUAA